CAGACGCCCGGCGGCCGCUAGCUCCACGCAGGUCCCAGCCAGGCUUGCACCCAGAGGCCCGCAGCAGACCGUACCGGGCGCAAUCUCCUGCGCUCCGCCCGCCCGGGCUCCCGUGCCAGCGCCCCGUGGCCGCCGCCUCCAAAGUGAUUGCUGCCUCGCCGCCUCCGCCGGGUCCAGGACCAUGAAGCUGCUGCCGUCGGUGGUACUGAAGGUCUUUCUGGCUGCAGUGCUCUCGGCAUUGGUAACUGGCGAGAGCCUGGAGCGGCUUCGAAGAGGACUGGCAGCUGGAACCAGCAACCUGGACUCUCCCACUGAAUCAACAGACCAGCUGCUGCCCUCGGGAGGCAGCCGGGGCAGGGAAGUCCUGGACUUGGAAGAGACAGACCUGGACCUUUUCAGAGCUGCUUUCUCCUCCAAGCCACAGCCUCUGGUGACACCCAGCAAGGAGGAGCGUGGGAAAAAAAAGAAGAAAGGCAAGGGGUUAGGGAGGAAGAGAGACCCAUGUCUUCGGAAAUACAAGGACUUCUGCAUCCACGGAGAGUGCAAAUACGUGAAGGAGCUCCGGGCUCCAUCCUGCAUCUGCCACCCAGGUUACCACGGAGAGAGGUGCCAUGGGCUGAGCCUCCCGGUGGAAAACCGCUUAUAUACUUAUGACCAUACGACCGUCCUGGCUGUGGUGGCUGUGGUGCUGUCGUCUGUCUGUCUGCUUGUCAUCGUGGGGCUUCUCAUGUUUCGGUACCAUAGGAGAGGUGGUUAUGAUGUGGAAAAUGAAGAGAAAGUGAAGUUGGGCAUGACUACUUCCCACUGAGAGAGACCUGUGCUCAAGAUGAUCUUCCUACUUCCUGAGACUGGACCUAGGAAACUCUUAAGACCUAUUAACUGGAUCCAGCAUUAAAUGCCUUCCUCUUAUGCUUUAGGAAUCUUCUGGGGACUGCUACCUCUGAGAAGACACAGCUGAUCGUAGACUCUGCAGAGGGAAAGAACGUCACAGCUAGUCAGGAAGAUUCCUUCGUCCCCAGUUGCUAUCUAGAUUGGGCCUCCCAUAAUUGCUUUGCCAAAAUACCAGAGCCUUCAAGUGCCAAGCUGAAUGUGUCAAAAUGGGAUCUUGAUCAGAAGAAAGCAAAAGUGAGAGACCUUCAUGCCCUUCGGAUUCUCUCCACCAAACCCCACUUAUUCCCAUAAGUUUGUUUAAACACUUAACUUCUGGAUUAAGAUGCCAGUUAAAUUCCAUAUGCUCCAGGAUCUUUGACUGAUAAAAAAAGAAGGAGAGGAAGAAGGAAAGAUUUGUGGAUUGGAAGAGAGUAAUAAAGAUUGAGAAGCCAUGUACUCAAGUAGCCACCAAGGGAUCUGCCAUUUGGACCCUCUAGCGCUGGAUUUGAUGAGCUAACUGUGAAAUACCACAAGCCUGAGAACUCUGAAUUUUGGGACUUCUACCCAGAUGGAAAAAUAACAACUAUUUUUUGUUUGUUUGUUUGUAAGAUGCCUCUUAAAUUAUAUAUUUAUUUUAUUCUAUGUAUGUUAAUUUAUUUAGUUUUUAACAAUCUAACAAUAAUAUUUCAAGUGCCUAGCCUGUUACUUUGGCAAUUUCCUGGCCCUCCACCUUAUAUGCCCCACCAUCUGGCUCAGCAUCGCACCCCUCUGCCACAAAUCUGAGAUGGUUCUGUGACCCAUCUGUAGUCAUCUAUUAUCUGUCCACGUUUCCGAAGACCUUCCGCAAUCACAGUGCCAAAGGGGGAGGUCUGUAGGUCAGGAUAUAGGAGUUAACUUUGUCAGAUCCACUCUAUGAGUUGGACUGCAGUCUUGCCUAGGCGAUUUUGUCUACUGUUUGUGUUUUGAAAGCCCAAGGUGCU